AUGGCGGUGUAUGCUAAUCCACACAACCAAAUGAGAAAUCAGCUUUGGCCUAAGCUCCUAAACAUAGCAAACUCGAUGGAUGGAGCUUGGUUGAUAGCUGGUGACUUUAAUGAAAUUAAGGAUGCUUCGGAAAAAAAGGGCGGAGCGGCUUUGGAUAUGAGAGCAUGUAACAACUUUGCAAAUUGGAUCAACAGAUGUGGGCUGAUUGACUUAGGCUUCAUAGGAUCAAGAUUCACGUGGAAGGGUCCAAAAUGGGAUGGGCAUGAUAGGGUGUUCAAACGAUUGGAUAGGGCACUCUCUAACCCUAUGUGGAGAACCAGAUUCCAACAAGCAACAGUUGAAGUUCUUACUAGAACCAAUUCCGACCAUCACCCUCUUCUUAUCAAAUGUGAAAAGGAAAGAAAUGGUGUUUAUACUAGACCAUUCAGAUUUGAAGCCAUGUGGGAGUUACAUCCAGAUUUUCAAAACUGCCUAAGAACAAGUUGGAACAAAGAAAACUAUCUACUAACAGCUAUUGGAGAACUUAAAAAAUACCUACUGAAGUGGAAUAAGGAAAUAUUCGGGAACAUCUCCAAAGCUAAAAGAAGACUUCUCAACAGGAUCGCGGGCAUUCAAAGAAGCAAUACGUACGGAGUAAAUCCCUAUCUAGACAAAUUGGAGCAAGAUUUGAACAAAAAACUAAAUGAUAUUCUAGAUAAGGAAGAGACCUUUUGGAUGCAAAAAUCAAGACAGGAAUGGAUAGUAGAAGGAGAUAGAAAUACAAGAUACUACCACACCAAAACCAUCAUCAGAAGGGGAAAAAACAGAAUUCAAAAGCUUCGGAACAAAGAGGGAAACUGGAUUGAAGAAGAAGAGCUAAAAGCACAUGUCCUCAAACACUUCUAA